GACCUGAACUGAUGUCUUGAUUGAUUUUGUUUCAUGUUUCGUUUUUGUUGACUUUAUUUAAAAAUUUUCUUUUGAAUUUUUCAUUUUUUAUUUCGGGUGAAACAUCAAUCAGUCGAUCGAUUACUAAAUCGAUCUCUCUCUGUGUGUGUAUGUCCAUUCAUUCAAUGUGAUUCGCUAUAAUUUGUAAUAAAAUAGAAAAUAGAAAAAACACAAAUGAAUUCAAAUCCGCAUCAUUCUCAUCCUAAUCAUCAUAUUACCGCAUCAUCAUCAUCAGCAGUAGCUGCCGCAAUAGCAGCAGCUGCAGCAGCAGCCGCAUCAACAACACCAGCAACAAUAAAUAAUACAAUUUCAUCAUCACCGAAUACAAGUGGAUCAUCAUCAUCAUCGAUCGGUUUAAUUAAUAUGGAAGAAACACCAUUUCAAUGUGAAUAUUGUCAUCGUUUUUUUAAACAUAAACGUAGCCGUGAUCGUCAUGUUAAAUUACAUACGGGCGAUAAACGUUUUCAAUGUAGUCAAUGUGAAUCAGCAUUUUCACGUAGUGAUCAUUUAAAAAUACAUAUGAAAACACAUGAUCAUAUGAAACCAUUUCAAUGUUCAUUUUGUAAUCGUGGUUAUAAUACAGCAGCCGCAUUAUCUAGUCAUAUGCAGAAUCAUAAACGCAAUGUAUCAACAACAUCAUCAUCAUCAUCAUCAGCAGCAGCAGUUACAGAACAUCAUGGUGGUCAGCCAAACAAUAAUAAUAAACCAUCAAUACGACCAACAUAUAUAAUGCCAUUAAAAUCAAUUAAUAAUAAUAAUGGUAAAACAACAACAUCAUCGGCUAUCAUUACAAAUGGUGGUCAUAUUGGUAAUGGAUUGGGAAUCGGAAAUGGAUCAUCAAUCGAUCAAUCAAUCGAUUUAAAUCAAAAUCAAUUUCGAUAUUCACAACAUCAUAAUCAUCAUCAUCAACAACAUCAACAACAACAAUCAUUGAAA